AAUUGUCUUUCUAACACAGCGAUCAACGCGUACCCAGAGAACCAGGAGACAAUCACACAGCCAUGGCGCGUCACGUUACAGUACUGAUGGGGAUCCUCGCUGCUUUGGCUUGUUGUAAUGCAGCUGCGAUUCAUAAACCGCUGUCCAAACGCCCCCUGCGGCUGGUGCAGAAUGAGGAGAUGAGGUUCACGUACACCGCUCCGGACACGACUCUGGCCAUGCCCGGACAGACGGACCUCUUCAUCGCCAGCACAUGUAACCACUUCAUGGGACAGGAAGCGGAAGUGACGUUGGUGCUACUAAACAACCCAGCUUGGAAUGUGCAGGACGGAGUGGUGUACUUCUACGUCACUGACAACCCUCAGAAGGGUUUGAAUGAUUCCAACGAAGUUCUAUGCACCAACAACGUAGAGGGGGAGGUAGUGACAGCACGGUGCAUAGUCACUGACGUCAGCUGUUCUGAGCUCUACAUCUACACACGGGCCGGUGACGUCUUCGGAAUUGCGUACUCCGUGACUGUUGAGUUCCGUCAGCCCAACGACACCAGGAAGGUUGUCAAGGAGAAGCCAAAGGUCAGCACCAAACAUUUCCCCAUCUACGUGAAGGACGAGUGUGUCCACCAUCUUAUCCAGUCCGUGAGCCUUCGCGCGCCCCUGGAACUGGUUUCGCUGACGACCGCACAGAUGACCAUCCCCUUCUGCCCGAACGCCGAGCAAGAAAACCUACUGUCGGUGGAAACUUCCGUGCUGAGCGUGUCAGGACUGAGCGCCUACACCCAGUACGCAUGCCUGAAGACCCCCUGCGAAGUGGACAGUCCCAACGUGAUCGCCAGUAGCCCCGAACAGCGCCCUCUGAACAGCCUGCGGCUCGAGUCUAUGUGCGACAAGCACACGUCCCUAACGGUGCUGGUACACUGCUGGGGCGGCGAGCAGGAGGAGGCUGGGGUCGGAGACUAUGUGGGAAAAUUCAACUUCGCCGCUGGAGUGAACCUGAAGUCUCCCACCAGUGGCGUUGCCAAAAAACCUAUGUACUAAAUGUUAGGGUAAUGCCUCGAGGGUUUCUCUUCAAAAUAAUGAAGUUUUACUAUUGCUUUCAUGUUAAAAACUAUGUAUGAGUGGGUUACGAUGGUGCUUUCUUUUUACGAAGAAUUUUCACGUAACAAAAAUGACUCUUGUAAAAGAAUCUUGAUUUGUAUUCUUGUAAUUUGCUUUCAUCUUCCAGUGGUGACGCUAAUAUAAGCCUUUUUGAGUUCAUGUGUUUUGUACCUUUUCAUUAUAGUAAAUGAAUAGACAAACUAAGGGAUAUGUCGUUUUUAUCGAGGAGAAUGAGAUGUGAUAAUAUGCAAGGAGAAGUUUUGAAAUUGUGUCUUUAGUCGCCAAGUUGGACUGAACAUCAUUCACGCUGCAAUUACAUACUGGAAUCGCUAGGUGGCAUUGAUUCAUGUUUGUGUACAAUGAUGUACAUGUAUUUACGUACCGAUGUAAUAUGUAUAACGUUACAGCUGAUUUGUAACCGUAUUUGAAGAAUUAAUCUCGCUUCAGAGAAUGUUAACACGUCUAAAACCAAAGAGACGUUAAGAAAUUUGUAAAUAUGAAUAAUAAUGCAGGAUUUAUACUAACGGUUUAAAGGGAUUUGAAGUGAUCAAUAAAGUCAACAUCAGGAAGCUGAAAAUAACUAAGCGAUCGCAUUUUGUUAUCCACCAAAUUUUCUUUUCUUUUUUUGAAUAUAUAGAUCGACGUUUUGACCAACUUAAAAAGUAAAAGAUAAAAAUAGAUAAAUAAAUAAACUAGCAUGAAGCAAUUUUUCUUUAUUCUUUAUCUCUGUGACCCCUAUUCCACCCUCACUUGAAAUAAGUGUCAACAUCUAGGAAUCAGUUUAUUUUAUCUCUACUAAAUAUCUUAUUAUAUUGAGACAGUUCAUUAGCAAUGCCCCCUUACACCAAAUACCCCGAGGAAAUAAAUUGAAAAGCUGUU